ACAUUUCAAAGUAUCAACAAAUCGGAUUGUAACGAAAACAAACAAUUCACAAAGAUGAAAUUCUUUAUUGUUGCUUUGGCUUUCGUGGCUUGUGCCUACGCUGAUGUCUCGGAAUUGGGCUACAACUAUGAUCAACCAGCUGCCCCAGCCCCUGCUCCCUCAGCUCCCCAAAGGUCUUACAUUCCUCCCCCACCUCCAGCUCAUGUGGAACAACCACAAAAUACCUACAUUCCUCCAGCAGCUUCAGCCCCAGCUCCCCAACAUCAUGCUCCAGCUCCUCAGCAUCAUGCCCCAGCUCCCCAACAUCAUGCCCCAGCUCCUCAGCAUCAUGCUCCCGCUCCCGUGCAUGUUGAGCAACCCCAGAACACUUACAUCCCACCCCCACAACAUCAUGCUCCAGCUCCCCAACACCAUGCUCCCGCUCCCCAAUAUCAUGCUCCCGCCCCAGCUCCAGCUCCCAUUCAUGUAGAACAACCAAAGAACACCUAUAUUCCUCCCCCACAACACCAUGCCCCUGCACCCCAAUAUCAUGCUCCCGCCCCAGCUCCAGCUCCCGUUCAUGUUGAACAACCAAAGAACACCUACAUUCCUCCUUCGGCUGAAGUCGCCGAAAGUUUGACUGAUGAUGGUUACCGCUACAAAUCUGUCCGUCGUGUGGUCUUCAAGAACCGCGCAUAA